AAGUCAUAACUGAGACCAAUUGAGAAAACAACACAAAUAAACGUAAACUAAACAAGAUCUGUGGGAUAAGAAUCUCGAUUACUCUCGGCUAUCUACUGUAAGACGUCUGAUCGAAAUCCUGAGCAAAAGAGUAAAUCAAAUCAACAAUGGAGAGAUUACAAAGGAUAUUAGCAGGUGCAGGAGGAAUGGGAGGACAUCCACCUCCAGAUUCACCACUCUUAGAUUCAUCUGAGCAAGUUUACAUUUCUUCUCUUGCACUCCUCAAGAUGCUUAAACAUGGAAGAGCUGGAGUUCCUAUGGAAGUUAUGGGAUUGAUGCUUGGGGAGUUUGUAGAUGAGUAUACUGUUCGUGUCGUUGAUGUUUUCGCUAUGCCUCAGAGUGGUACUGGUGUUAGUGUUGAAGCUGUUGACCCAGUGUUCCAGACUAAUAUGCUAGAUAUGCUUAAGCAGACUGGCAGACCAGAGAUGGUUGUAGGAUGGUAUCACUCGCAUCCUGGAUUUGGUUGUUGGCUCUCUGGUGUUGAUAUUAAUACACAGCAGAGUUUUGAAGCUUUGAAUCAGAGAGCUGUUGCCGUGGUUAUAGACCCUAUACAAAGUGUUAAGGGUAAGGUAGUCAUCGAUGCCUUCCGUCUGAUCAAUCCUCAAACCAUGAUGUUGGGACAAGAGCCACGACAGACAACAUCAAACCUUGGAUAUCUCAACAAGCCGUCCAUUCAAGCUUUGAUUCAUGGGUUGAAUAGGCAUUACUAUUCAAUAGCGAUUAACUACAGGAAAAAUGAGCUUGAGGAAAAGAUGUUGCUGAAUCUUCAUAAGAAGAAGUGGACUGAUGGGUUGACUCUGCAGCAGUUUGAUUCUCAUUCAAAAACCAAUGAGCAGACUGUAGAGGAAAUGCGAAGCCUGGCCAUCAAAUACAACAAGGCUGUUCAAGAGGAGGAUGAGUUGUCCCCAGAGAAGCUUGCUAUUGCCAAUGUUGGAAGGCAGGAUGCUAAAAAGCACCUGGAAGAGCAUGUCAAUAACUUGAUGUCAUCAAACAUUAUCCAGACCCUGGGAACCAUGCUUGACACCGUUGUGUUUUAGGAGUAUCAAUCCAGAAGUUUCUUUCCCAGGUUAUUGAGAUUUCAGAUUUACUCUUUUGUUAUUAAGUAGUGUCCUUGGAAGUUAACAUUGGGAAAUGCUUAAUGUUGGUGGAAGUUAAACAGUGGUAAAUGUUUGAAAUUUGAUUAUUUGUAUUUUACCAGAAUUUUUUACUCUC